UGCCGCGAGAGGCGCGCCACCAACACGGAGAGGAACCCUGCUCGAGGACUCGCUCCGCCGCGCGUCAAGCAUGUCCACGGCAGCAGCUGUGUAGUGUUGUGGCAGUGACUGGCAGUGUUGUGACUAGGCUGAGUGUGUAACACACAGACAGCAUGGUGCUUGGACUUGCGGCGAACGUAAGUGCUUCCUCAGGGAGCAACGUUGGGGGAUCUGGUGGUCCCGUGGUGCCCACUCCGAUCGUCGCGCUGCCCUCCCUCUCCUUCACCGCCACUCAAGUGGCCGCCGUCUGCGAGACUCUGGAGGAGAACGGAGACAUGGAACGUCUUGGUAGAUUUCUGUGGUCCCUCCCCGUGGCUCACCCACACCUGCAGGAUCUGAAUAAGCAAGAAGCAGUUUUACGCGCAAGAGCUCUCGUCUCCUUCCACGUAGGAAACUUCCGGGAAUUAUACGCCAUACUUGAAUCUCACAGAUUUUCCAAGCCGUCGCACGCGCGGCUACAGGCGCUGUGGCUGGAGGCGCACUACCAGGAGGCGGAGCGGCUCCGCGGCCGGCCGCUGGGACCUGUCGACAAGUACCGAGUUCGUAAGAAGUUCCCUUUCCCGAGGACAAUCUGGGACGGGGAGCAGAAGACUCACUGCUUCAAGGAGCGAACCAGGUCUCUCCUAAGGGAGUGGUAUCUACAGGACCCGUACCCCAACCCCAGCAAAAAGAGAGAACUGGCCUCUGCCACCGGCCUCACCCCAACACAGGUCGGCAACUGGUUCAAGAACCGUCGUCAGCGGGAUAGAGCGGCCGCCGCCAAGAACAGGAUGAUGAACGGCCAGCAGGGAGGCGCCGCGUCUGCCCGCUCAUCGGAGUCCAGAGACGCACACCACGACGACGAAGAUGACGACCUUAUCAACCCAGGAUCCCCCACCCCCCUGGACGACACGGACGACGAGGACCUGUCUCUGGGUACUCACUCUCCGCCACCUGUGUCGGAAAGUCCCCUGCCUCCUGCCGCGGCCGGCGAGGGAGGUGGCGUCGUAUCCCCAGCUUCAAACACGCCCUCCUCCCAGCCGCCCUCGGUGUCCCCCGCAUCCAGCUAGCAUCUCCCCUCACCCCUCCUCCAUAUCUCCCCACCCCUCCACCACGCCGCCACAGAACUCCCCGCUGCCUCUCCUCAAGAGCGACGCCUCGCCCCCCUCGGAACACCACAUCGCCGCCGCCCCACCCACCACCACCACCUCCGGCGUCACCACCCUGCCGCUAGAGGCCACCAAGCCCUCCUAUCUGGUGCCCCCUAUGUCCUCCCUGCCCCUCAUGACCUCCCUAGCCACCUCCCUCGCCUCCCCACUCUCCCUCUCCUCGCUCCCCUUCUCUUCCAUGUCAGCGGGGGAGGGAUUCAAGUUCCCCACACACCCCUUCCUCCCCCACCCACACCCAC